CUCUGUUGCUCACAAGAACGCUCUCCUUCAUUGCCUUUACCCUUUUCUCUGCAAAUCCCUUCAUUUUCUUCCCCGCAUUGUUUAAAGGGUUUGAUUCGGAUUUAUGAUCCUUCAUUUAUUCUUCUUAUUCUUCGGUAGAAAUCGAAGAUUCAUUGUGGGUAUUGACAAAAAAUGAAAGAUUCAGAGAAAGUUUUCUGGGAUCCGAUGAAAAAUCCCGCCGGAAACCACCACAUUGCCGCCGCUUUCAAUUCUCAGUCCAGACCUUCCUCUAAGCUUCUCUUAUGUCUCAUCUUCUUCGUCUCUUUCACUUAUCUCAUUUACUCUCUCAAACUCCUCUCCUCUUCUCGCCCCUGUUCCGACCCACAACCAUUUUCCUCCUCCUCCGCCGCCACCGCCGUAGAUCCACUCCUCAAUCUCACCGCCACUGCCGCAAUUUCACUUCCGACCACAUUGCAAGAGGGUUUACCCACUACGAAUCAGACGGAGCUCCGACAUGUUGUUUUCGGAAUCGCGGCAUCGGCAAAGCUGUGGGAACAGAGGAAGAACUACAUCAAGCUCUGGUUCAAACCGGAGGAGAUGAGGGGGACGGUUUGGUUGGACCGGAAAGUGAAAAUCGAUGAAGAUUUCGACGAACUCCCGCCGAUUAGAAUCUCCGGCGACACGUCGAAGUUCGCGUACAAGAAUCGACAGGGGCACCGGUCGGCGAUUCGGAUCUCGCGAAUCGUGUCAGAAACUUUCCGGCUGGGUUUGAAAGACGUGCGGUGGUUCGUAAUGGGUGAUGACGACACCGUCUUUGUCACCGAGAAUUUGCUUAGGGUUUUGAGAAAGUACGAUCAUACUCAGUAUUACUACAUCGGAAGCUUAUCGGAGAGCCAUUUACAGAACAUUUACUUCUCGUAUUCGAUGGCAUACGGCGGCGGUGGGUUUGCCAUUAGCUACCCCUUGGCGGAGGCUUUAGUGAAAAUGCAGGAUCGGUGUAUUCAGAGAUACCCCGGAUUGUACGGCUCCGAUGACCGGAUGCAGGCUUGCAUGGCUGAACUCGGUGUUCCACUCACUAAGGAACUCGGAUUUCACCAGUACGAUGUAUAUGGAAAUCUAUUUGGCCUGCUCGCGGCUCACCCGAUCACGCCAUUCGUGUCGCUUCACCACCUCGACGUUGUCGAGCCAAUCUUCCCCAACGUCACACGCCUCCAAGCCCUCCAACGUCUCAAAAUUCCAAUGGAACUCGACUCUGCGGGGCUAAUGCAGCAAUCCAUUUGCUACCACAAAUCCAACUCGUGGACUAUCUCCGUCUCUUGGGGCUUCGCCAUCCAAAUCUUCCGUGGGAUCCUAUCUCCGCGUGAAGUCGAAAUGCCUUCUAGAACAUUCCUCAAUUGGUAUCGUCGCGCUGAUUACACGGCUUAUGCAUUUAACACCCGCCCUGUCAGUCGAAAUCCCUGCCAGAAGGCAUUUGUGUUUUACUUAUCUAAUGCCCUACGAAUGAACUCGACGAAAGGGCAGACGAUCAGUAAGUACACUCGACACCGAGUGCCACAACCGAUGUGUAAGUGGAAGAGCCCAAGCCCGGGUAGCAUUGACGUUGUUAAGGUGAUCAAGAGGGCAGACCCCAAGUUGUGGGAAAGAUCUCCAAGGAGAAAUUGUUGCAGAGUGAUGAAAUCAAAGGAGAGGAAGACAAUGAUGGUGGAAGUUGGAAUAUGCAAAGAAGGUGAAAUCAGUGAAGUUUAAUUAAUUGAGAUUCAUCUCUUUCUAAUUUUAAUUUUAAUUUUUUAAUGUUCUAAAUUAUUGGGGCUCAUCAUCUUGGAUUUGAAUAUAGAAAUUAAGGUUGUAUUUAAUUACUUUAUAUAUAAAUAUAUAUAAUAUGAUCUAAAAUAGUUCUUCCA